AUGCCGCUGCCUGCCAUGAAUAAAUGGACAAAAGUAGCACCCACUGUAGCUCACAUUGCUCUUCUUGGUCUGUUUCACAACGGCUUUGUGGUGGAUGCCUUCAAGGCUGAGUUUGGCGAGUUGCAGGAUGAGGAGUCCGACCUCAGCAACAAUGAAGAUGACAAGCUGGGGGUUCCAGCCAACGAAACCAGAAAGUGGCGACUCCUUGCGAGAAGGCGGAACAUGCGUGCCACUAAUUUUCUGGCGGAGGCCCAGUCGCUGUGGAUUAACUUACUAUGGUGCCGCCUGGCCAGCAGCACCAUGAUUUUGCACGCAGUGCUGUUCAAAAAUGCGACGUGGUUCACAGACAGGUCUCCGCAGGAGUUGUCCAGGUCUCGCCAUUUGUUCGCCACAUUUUGCGACCCGGAUGCAAACCCUGCUUGGGCCAAUUUGCAAGAGUUAUUGGGAAUUUUGAAAGAUCCGGAACCUUCUUUGGCCCUUUUGGUUUGGAAGUUUGGUCCAGUUGCGCAGUGGCCACAGCCACGCCGGCGUAUUGUCCGGAAAGCAGUUAUGGUGAUGACUGGGCAGCUGGCUCGGAAAUUGGUUUUGCCUUGGCAGCAAUACCCUUGGCGUUUAUGGCCGCUGGCCUUGAAAGAUGUGGACGAAGCGAAGCGCAAAGAGUGUGCCCGAGAUCUGCUGAGGAGCCCGACUUGCUGUUUGGACAGUGGCUUUUCCAGGCGGCUGAGGCAUUUGCAUCCCCGUGAAUCCGAGUUGCUGAGCUCAGAUGUUCAGACAUUCUUGGCUACAGUGUUCACACGGAUUGCACCAACAUCUACAUUUAUUGAGCGCCGAUUUGCUCAAUUCACCAACUGGUGUGAGAAGAAGCCAAAAUUUGCCACCUUGGCCGCCAAGCACGUCACUAGCUUCUGCAAGGGCGCUGCCCAAGCCUGGAGAAGCAAGCAUCCCAACCACAAGAAACCCAACCACAGACAGAGGCCAACCUGGGCGCAAGACAAAGCGAAGCGCACCACUGGAUACAACAUGUUUCUCUCAGAGUUUCGUAAAAACACGCAAGGGCGGUGUUUCAGAGGAGAUGAUGGCCGGUCGGAAUUUGUGCAAGAAGCAUCGGCUGCUUGGCGGAGGCUUUCGCAAGGAGAGAAGGCUUCAUACGGCAUGAGAGCCCGGGGUAUGAAUAGCUUGAGAAGUAGGAGCGCAGGCAGCUUGGAGGAAGAGGAGCUUGUCGCAGAUGACAGCGGAGGUUUGUGGGGCAUGUGCCGUUUGAAUGAGGCAUGGCCAAUUUCUGUUUGCGUUCUUCAAGCUGCUCUGGGAGAAGGGCGUCCAGCACUUAGCAAAAGCAGUGCUGAGUGGGAGCAGGAUCACGAAGCCUUGAUUGAAGUUGGCGAAGACGAAGAUCUGCCAGAUGUCACCGACAGCCUCUUUUCUGUUUGCCCUUGGGGCGGGUGCGAGGCCAGUUUGAGGGAAGAUGAACGGACAGUUUUUCGCGAGGUUCACGAGGAUUUGGUGACUGCCGUAAGGGUGCACGAACCCUUGAAACGCGAUCUUUCUGCUCACCCACUAGUGCUGCAAUGGUGCUCUCCUGCAUCUGGCAAGCAGAAAUACAUUGUUGUGGCCUUCAAUGUCCGCAAGCCUCCCUGGGACAUGGUCAUGUUUCAAUUGGAGCCGCUGAAUGGCCACAACGGCCUCGACUGCCCCUUUGUCUUGGAGCUCGAAGGUCAAGACAGAGGAUUCUCGCUUCAAUGCUUGCGCUCCGAUAUGGAAUUCUGCAUGGAUCUUGCAAGAGAAGCCUCGGACUGGCUUUUGUUUCUUCUUAAGGUUGGGGAAAUCACUGGUGCCUUUGCUUCCUUUCGGAUUGUUGAGCGCGCUGCGCUGGACAGACGUACUUUGAGACGGGCUGCUGAGGAGAUGAAGCAGAUUCAAAGGGCUGCUAAAGCUGCAAAGCUAGCGCAAGGUCUGACAGCUAUCAGAAAACGAAAACGAAGGACCCAAGGCAAGCGGAAGACACGUCAGAGGCCGCUGGCCGCAUCAGCUGCGCAAGACAUCUCAGAUGCAGAGUGGGCAUCGGAUUCUGAUUCUCUCACAGAAGACGCAGAAGGGGCGGAUGGAAGCCCGAGUAUGCCUGCAGGGCUUGGGGAAGGCAGCGCAUCUGCGCCUCCAGUUCCAGCCGUCAGGCAACAUUGCGAUCGGGGCAACACUUUGUCUUGCAAGAAGGCAGUGAGCCGUGGUAGCACUCUGACCGAUGCUGUGUGCAUCUUGCGCCUCAAGCGAUGGCUCAUUGCCGGAUGCUCUGAUGCUGACUGGCCGAUCCACAGGCAGAGAUCACACCACGUUGAGCUUGGCGGCAAAGGGCUGCAGGACUUUGCCGAGGGUAUGUCGGAAGCGGAGAUGGAUGCACUGGUGGAGUCAUGGCGUUGA